CGCUUCGAAACCGCUCGAGAGAUUUAAAAUACAUGGUUUGAAAAAUUGAGGGUGGAAAAAUGGAUAUUUUGUAAAAGUUGAAGGAGGAAGCAAGGCCCAUUUAUUUGCACACACGCAAGGCCCAGCAUAAAUAAAACCGAUAUUCACGAACGCACACCGUGAAUGAAGAUCCUAAAAACACACAGAGUCUUGUUGACCUGUUCUAGGGUUCAGAAAUUCCUCCACUUCGGUUUCGAUUCCUCCGCACCGCCGCCUCGCGUGGGCGCCGUCGAUCCCGGACAUCUCCGGCGGGCUGUGAUGGUUCGCUAGCCGUCGGUGGCGUGGACAUGGACGACUGCUCCGCGGGCGCGGUGGCCGGCCUCCCCGACGACCUCCUGGUGGAGAUCCUCUCCCGCGUCCCUGCCAAGUCCGCCUGCCGGUUCAAGUGCGUGUCCAGGACCUGGCGCGACCUCAUAGCUGAUCCCAACCAUCGUAAGAAGCUCCACCACGCCAUGCAAGGACUCUUCAUCAUGACUCCAGAGACAAUGACUCCAGAGACAGGCCUCUACACUUUCGGUUUGAUAGAUCUGACCGCAGGAUCGUCGUCCGUGCCUCUAGAUGACGCUGACGACCCUGGCUUCUCCUUCCUGACAGAACGGCCUGGGAUGCAUAACCUCGUCUUCAAGGAUUCCUGUAACGGUCUUAUCCUCUUUGGGCACCAGUGCGUCGAAUUGGGCGACAUCGUCGUGUGCAACCCGACCACAAAGCAAUGGGCGUGCGUGCCCAUUUUUGGCUCUCCUGAUCGAUUCAACCAUACCUUUUUGGCGUUUGAUCCGGCCGUAUCUUCUCACUUCCACUUGGUCCAGUUCCAGAUAUCCUGGGAGGACCAGAUGUUGCUGGGGCUGCAUGCUUACUCAUCUGAAACUGGGACCUGGAGUCACAACCAAAUUGAGUGUCAAGAAGAGCAAGGGCUAUUGGCAGCAGGGUGGCAUCGUCAUGUCACAAUAUCUUAUACGGACCCUCGGUGUGCCUUUGUUAAUGGCUUCCUGUAUUUGUUAGUUUGGGACUUGGAUCAAAAGCGGAUAAUUGUUCUAGACGUACAAGGAAAGGCAAGAAGGAUGAUCGAAGUGCCAAGUAUGGCUGACAGGGGGCUCUUGUCUUGUUAUUUAGAGCAGUCCCAAGGGUGUCUGCAUUUUAUGACAACGGAAAUAUUAGAUACUCCUGAAGAGAACUACAAACUGUCCAUAUGGGUUCUUCAGGAUUAUGAUACACAAGAAUGGGUGUUGAAGAACACUGUGAGCUCUCUGGAGGUAUUUGGAAAAUUGACUGGUGGCCACAUUUUGGACUUCAACUUCAGUGUGGUUGACAUCCAUCAAGAUCGUAAUGUCGUUUUUCUUUUUCAUUACGACAGCGGUAAACUGGUAGCAUACGACAUGGACCAUAAGGAAGUGAGUGUUAUUGCCGCUUUCGAAAAAUGGAGAACACCGUUCGGUUUUGCUCGUUAUGUUCCCUGUUUCUCAGGAUCCCCGGCUCUCACAAGUUAGCACUAAGAGUAUGCUAAGUAGUAUGAGUUGCUAGCAGCUUGUUUAAAUGCUAGUAGACUCAGAUAAAAUGUUCAGUCCUCGCUGGAAUGUAUUCCUUAUCAUGUUUUUUAUUUAAUUAGGUCAGUCUCAAUGCAUGUUUUAUGAGAGUGUCAUGAACAUUAAAUAGGGUGUCACAUAAAUAAAAUUGCU